UUCACUGCGAAAUUUGUCAGCUUCAGCUGGAGAUAGCACAAUUUGUCUAGUUUUCAAAAUUCGUACUACUUGGCAGCACUUGAAAAAAAUGGUCACACUGCGCUUCCUGGCCCCUCGUCGGAUCGUCGACUAUUGUCGUCGUCUGCUGAGCACGGAUUUGGUCACCGCACUCCGUCCGUUCUGCCAGGCCAUUCAGACGGACAGCCUCGCUCACAAUCCGGCGGAGAAGCGGGUCAACGAGGAGUCACUGCGUCUGCUCUGCUCCCACCUGGAAUCCCUGAGUGGCGCGACGGGCAGUUGUCUUCCGCCCGAUGGCCAGCUGGAGUUCUACAUUCCCACGGUUUCGGGUUCGGGUUCGGGUUCGGAUUCGGGGUCGCAGGAGGCCGGCGGCCAGGUGGUUAGUCGACUGGUGAGGGUGCAGGUGGACCGGAGCUUGCUGGAUCCCAGGGCGGUGAUUAGGCAGAUUCUGAGCUCCUGUAAGCUGCUGCCGAUGGACAAGGAGCAGGAACAAGUGAAGCGGGGUCAGGAGAUGGCAAAGGAGCUCGGAAAAGUGCUGCGAAAGGAGCCGGUGAGGGAGCGGGUGCGACCGCCCCAUGCGCCAGUGCAAAAGAACUUGAGUGCGCUGAGGGAACUGUUCAGGGAUGCCCAAAGGGAGCACUCCCUGGAAACGUGGAUGCGCCAGGCACUGGCACGUUCCCAGGCCUCGGAAGUCACCACACUGCGCAGCAAAAUCGAGGCCAUUGAAGGCGCCUUGGUCCGGCAGCUGGGCAUUCGCGGCACCCGCUACGAUUGUGGCUGCAACAUGGAGCGCUACCACGACUGCCUCACCACCCUGCAGGGCUUGGCCGAGGAUCCCAAGGCCAGCAAGGUCACCGGACAGCUGGGAGCGCUGCGUAACCGGUUCGUGGUCUUUGCACCGUACACUGGCAUUAGCUUGGAGGGCGAUGUGAUGCUCUUCUCGGGGGACUCGCCCUCGGGAUGGCUGGCCUUCCUCGCCGAGAUGCGCCUGCACGAGGAGCAACUGCGUCUGGUGCCGCUGUACGAGAAGGCCCUGUCCGCCGUGCUGCUGGGCAUCCGGAUAGAGAGGCGUCGGGUGCCGGACUGUCCGGGCUGUGAGGCGCGUGCCUAUGCGGGCAGUUUGAGGCGCGUCAUCCGGGCGGUCAGCGAGCACCUGAAGCUGGAGGAGAGUGUCCAGGAGCUGCCGCCAUCGCUGCAGGACCAUCAGCUGGCCAUUGUGCCGGACAGCGAUGCACCGAAGGUCAGCCAAACCGGUCUCUUCUUGGCGCCCGCCUCCUGCUCCGGACCCGAUCUGGUGGAGUUCAUAUGCCGCAACCUGGACGUGGCCAGUGGGCGGUUCAGUCGCUAUCGCCGGGACAUCCAGGUGGAGCGGCAACUGUGGCGACAGUGCCAGGAGGAGCUGGGCCUGCAGCGACUCAGCAAGGACGACUCCGUGACGCCGGACAAAAUGGUCGUGGCCAUACGGCACUUGCUUCAGAGUGGCAUCAAAUCCUGUCGCGGUCUCAGUCUGCACAUCACCAACUAUUGGUCAGUGCCCACCGACGGCAUCGUCUGCAUUCCCUGGGACUUUAUGUCCCGCGACAAGUAGCGAUUCCUGUUGCGUUGUGCCACUCAAAUUGCCUCGAUUGGUAGAUAAAUUGAUAAGUUUUUGGCUUAAUGCUUGAAUGUUCAA